GCUCCCAUGAGACGUCAAUAUUUAUACUCUUGCUAGCCCCUUCCCUCAUGCAGCCUUUGGAAAGUCGAGGGGCUAAUGCUGGGCCUCUCCGGACUGUGGAGCUUUGCAGGACUGUUCCUUUGCCUUUAAGAGCAUGAGCCAUUCUGCUCUGCUCUGCUCAGCACACAGGGAGAACUCAGGAGUCCUGGCUACCAACCCCUACCCUGCUCCCCCUCUCUUUACUCACAGCAAUAACUCAAGACUUCUUUCCCACCAACAUCCCCUAAUCCUCUAGAUGCUACUACUUUCCCUAAGCCACAGGCAGAACCUAGGAGGCCUGAGCCAGUCCAAUCUCACUGCUCUAACACAGCAACCCUGCACCCCAUUCAGAGCAGAGAAUAGAACCCAGGAGUCCUGACUCCUAGCCCUCCACCCGCUCUCCCCUGUAGCUCUCAAUGCUAAAAACUAGACCUGCGCUGAAAGGAAGUGAGCCAACUGUUAACCCCGGGGCCCCAGUACAGUCCAGAUGCACACACAGAGGAGUGGAAUCAGUGGGAGCUGAGAGCCCCAUCCAUGGCUGCAGGGGAUCAGGUGCCAUACAGCCCUGGUCUCCUAACAGGGCAGCACACCCAGCAGCUGCCCACUGUGUUACACCCUGUUGUUUGCAAAGGGGCAUUGCUGCUGUAAAUGCCUGUUAUCCCACUUCACCCCCAUGCCUGUGUGCCAGGGCUCCCCCUUCUCCCCCCCAACACACUUAGGGCCAAUACCACACCUCCCCUAGGGAACACCUUGCUAAGGUAGCUGAUAAGCCCAGGUGCUCAGUGGUAGGGCAGCUUCUGGGGGCUGAGACCCACCAAACUCAGCUCGCCCGUGGCUUAAGUCAAAGGCCAGGAGAAGAUAAGCCAGGCACGCCAGGCCAUGAAAAGGAAGUGGGAGCACGUGGAAAACUGAAGGAGGGAGAGGGGGUGGUGAAGGCAGGUUGGGUUUCUCAUUGACGGGCUGGAUUGGGCACCUGGCCUGGGCUGUGGAGUUGACGGCCUGCUGCUUGCUGGGCUUGGGGGAUUAGUUCAUCCCGAAACCUGACCCUGCUGUUCCUCAUCCAGCAGCCCUCAGCUGGGGAGCAAGGGGCCCCACGCUCUGCAGGGAACAGAUGAAGAGCAUCCUGAGCUCUGCCUGGGGACGUCAUGUGGAAAACAUCCCCUCAGCUGGGAUAGAAUGUACUAGGACACCCAAAAUGCCCUCCCACACUGGAAGGGAACAUGUGAGUAUAUGUAUGUGUGCAUGCGUGCGUAUACAUGCACACAUGCGCGUAUAUGGAGCUUCCCUGGAUGACAGGGCUCCCUGGCGAAGGGGUGCUGUAGCUCAUGACUGACUCAUAUUUCCAGCUCAGAGCUUCAGGACUCAGUGCAGGGGAUUUACGUCCAGAAGGUGGGUAGAAACUAGUGCGGCGAUUCUUAACCAGGGUGCCACAGCAUUGUAGGGGCACUACCAGAUUCUUUGAAGGGUGUCUCAAAGUGUGAGAUGAUAAAGGAGGUAUGAGGAGAUAAGCAGAUAAGGGCAGGCUCAGGUUUGUUCCUGCCUGAGCAAUCCCCUAUGCCCACAGCCUGGCCCCUCUGCAAGGAGGUAAGCACUAAUAGACAUAGAUUAGUUUUUGAAAUUGGACGCCACUCAGUUCACAAAUGAUAUGGAGGGGUGCCUUGUGGCCAAAGAAGUUGAAAACCACUGAACUAAUGUCUGGAAAAAGGGACCUGGGAGCUAGAAAACCUGGGUUCCCUACCCAGUUCUGGGAGGAGGAAAGAUCUAGUGGUAGAAGAGGCAGGCUAGGAUUCAAGACUCCUGCCUUCUAGUCCUAGGUCGGAGAGGUGAAACUAGCAGUUACAGUAGGGGACUGGGCACUGGGGCUCUAGGUCCUGCUCUGAGGAAGGGGAAAGGGAAAGGGAGAUAGUAGCAACCGGACCAUUUCUCUACCAGGUCCACAGAAAUCUCCUGUUCCUUUCAGGCUUCAGGUUUACAUUUUCUUCCUGAAAAAGCUCAUUUCCAACACUUUUCUUCCAAGGCUGGCUGAUGUUUUGGAGAGGGAGGCAGUUACAAGUGGAACCCCUCACAGACCCACCUCUGGCAUGGAUCUCGCCAAUGGCUUGAACACUACAGCCUGGCUCAGGAGACUACUCUGCAGGCCCGAGUCCAGUCUAAUCACGUUGCUGUUACUGGGACACCGGAGUCAACACCUGGGGUCUGGCAGGAAGGGCUGUGGAAUCUCAAGGGGCUUCUUCAGGGCACAUGUGUACACCUCCACCCCGGCCAGGAGCACCCACUCCCUAGGUAGCAGCCCAAUGCAAUGGAAAACAGCUGCUGCAUGGGGUUUGCCUCAUGCUACUCUAAGUCUAGGGUGUGCCAAUGGCCACCAAUCCAUGCACAGCUCUUCUGGUGGCCCUGGGGCACUCUCCUGGCAUUUGCCAAGGAGAAAGUGAGCAGAGUGUGUGUUCAUGGCAGUCCUCUCAAGCCUGAUCAGAGAUGGUAUAGACCAGGGGUGGCCAACCUGUGGCACAAAUGGCACAGGCAGCCUUUGUGUGUGGCACGCAGCAGAUCAGGGAGUGGACAGGCAACACAGAGGCAGAAAACAGAGCAGCAGAUCAGUCAGGGACAGCCGGGCAGGGAGCAGAAAGCAGAGCAGCAAGUCAGGCAGAGGAAGGGGAUCAGAGUAGCACUUGAGGAGGGUACAGGACUAAUUUGUGACACUCCUGCAAAAAAGAUUGGCCCCCACUGAAAGAGACCCACUCCAAGUGGCUUCCUGCCCUCAGUAAGAAGAUAACAGACUGAGCAGGCCAGGGAGAACAUGAACCGGCUGACUCCAUCUGGUCUGGGUUAGUGGAUGGCAACUCCAGCUCUGUGGUUUAGCAGACAGUUCUGGGGGUCUGCAGAUCCAGACUCUUCCCUCAGCAGUGAAUUCACGUGGCAGGAGGUGGUGGACCUUCGACUAUCCCUGUCCCAGUAGCCUCCUCCUCCCACAACAGACAGCACUGAAAGCAACCACCCCUGGCCCUGCCCCAAAACAGCCAGCUACUAGCUAAUCAAAAUGCAUUUUUCACCCCCUGCCAAGCCUGGCUCAGCUGGGAUCGCUCCCUUUUAAUGGCCUUUCGCUGACAUAAUUUAUGGGCUGAAAAGCCUUUUCCAAAACAGCCUGAAAGCAUGUGGGGCUGAUAACCUGUUCCAGGCCUCGUGUUAUCUAGCUGCGCAGAGAUAUUUCACAGCCACAAUUGACAGGGCACUCAUGGCUCUCCCCUCCACUCCCCGCUAACUCCAUUACUGUCUUGGUUUGCAUUCAGCUGGUCCAAUUAGCCCUUUCCCGUCAAAUGCAAAAGGUUGGGGGUGGGGGGUUGCAAAGGAGAUUGGGCUGCCCAAUGGGAUUAUUGGAGAGGAGCAUUUGUGGGUUCCUCCCUGUUUCAGGGGCCGAAAUGAGCUAGGAGGCUGAGAGUGAUGAGGAGAAGCAGGCAAGGCCCUGGGACAGGUUUCCCCCUCCCACACUGGCAGCACCAGAUCCCAGUGCCCUGAACUGGUGCUGGGAGUGGUGCUAGUUGCAAGCUCAGCCCCAGUACAGGCAGCACUAAGGAGACCCAGAAGAAUGACAAGGGGCUUGUCCCAUGUGUGUAAACAGGGAGGCACUCCUGUAGGGCAAGGCACUGCAGACAGGCCAGAAUUUGGGCUCAGGUGUGUUUGAUGCACGGAGGCUGGAAUCUGGGGCUGUCAUAAAGCCACCGGGUGGUUAGGGGCAGUGGAAAUUUCUGGUCAUGAGUGGCCUGGAGCAAUGGAGCUGAGGGGUCAGGGGGCAACCAGAAGGGACUGAGGAGGAUCAGCAAAACUGUUGGGGGUGAAUCCCAGGACUGGGAUGGCAAGAGGGAUAGUAACUGGGAAUGAGGGGCAUCAGCAGAGCUGAGUGGGGGACACCAUGGCUGGGCUUGCAGUAGGGGAGGGGGCCACUGAGCCAGGACAGAGCAGCCUUAGCAAAAUCUACCCCCCCCGUUCUCACAAGCAUCCAAUUCAUUUGCAAAGAAAUUGUACUAAUUACCAACCAAGCCCGAAGCAGCUGGAGAGCUGUGUCUGGAGAGGCAGCUCUUCCAACAGAGCCCCGGCCCCUGGCGCUGACACUAACCUGGUUAGGGUGGAUGGACGGCCACAAUAAAGUUGCCUUUCAAUACACUUGGCAAAUGAUCAUCCGGUGUGAGAUAAACUAAUCUGCCCACCCUGGACAUAUCUUCAUUAACUUCCCUACAGGUCCCUGCCGUGGUUCCCUCCCAGCUCACCCUGGCCUGUGCACUGGAGCUGUGGGUAGAGGCAUGGGGGUGGGUAGCGAGAGAAAUAGCAUCGAUUUCCAUCCUCCCUGCAGGGAGCACCAGAUCCUGGUGUGCGUGCGGCCCUAAUUUGAUUGGGCCCAAUUAGUACAUUGCGACGCCCUGAGCCACAUGAGGAAGAGACUAUAAAGGCAGCUGCCUCGGCCCCAGCCGGGGCACAAAGUGGCCAGCCAUGAGCAGCAUUGCUGCCGUUGGGGAGAGCUACCAGAAGUUCAACCCCCGUGCCUACCUGCAGAACAACUACAUGCCCCCCCGUGCUGAUUUCACCUCUGAGGACUGUGUGGUGCCUUGGAAGCUGCGAUGUCUCGCUGAGGCCUUUGCUACAGGUGAAAUCCACGGCCACACCCUGAUAGACAUCGGCUCUGGUCCCACCAUCUACCAGCUCCUGAGUGCCUGUGACCACUUUGAGGAAAUCAUUGCCACUGACUACCUGGAGGUAAAUCGUGAGGUCCUCCGGCAAUGGGUGCAGGACAAGAUGGAUGUCUUUGACUGGAGCCCCUACAUCAAACAUGUCUGCAAGAUUGAGGGCAGAGGGGAACAGUGGAAGGAGAAAGAGCAGAAGCUGAGAGAGAAACUGAGGCAGAUCCUGCCCAUUGAUGUCCACCAGCCCAACCCGGUGGGCUCCCCACUCCGCCAACUAGCUGAUGCCAUGGUUUCCACUUUCUGCCUGGAGGCUGUGAGCCCCGACCGGCUGAGCUUUGAGCGAGCCCUGAAGAAUGUCACCUCGUUGCUCAAGCCAGGGGGGCACUUCCUCCUCAUCGGAGCCCUGGAGGAGUCCUUCUACCUGGCUGGGGAGGCCAAGCUCUCAGUGGUACCAGUGAGUGAGGCCGAUGUCAAAGAGGCCUUGACCAAGAGUGGCUACAAGAUCCAUGACUUCCGUUCCUACAUCAUGCCUCCCAGCCUGAAGAUUGGGGUGGACGAUGUGAACGGAGUCUUCUUUGUCCAUGCGCAGAAGCAGCCUGUGGUGUAAGAUGCCGGGCUGGGCAGGGCAAUACUCUUGCUCUUGACUAAGAUAGAUGUGCAGCUUCGGUAGCUAGAUAAAACCCAUGAUAGGCAGAUAAUCCCCCCAGUGCAUGAUCCUCCAUUAACACCCCCCCCACAUCAGCUACAUCACUCAUGUCCUUGAUAUAUUUGGCAGCGAAGGGGUAAGCAGGCAGGUGAAUUAGGGGUCCCUUAGUAUAUUCUAAGCUUCUAUUAACAACAAGGGCUGUGGGCAGAGGCUGCCUGUUCCCAAAUAGGGAGCAUGUAAGGCCUAGCUAGGUUUUGGGAGCUAUGAUAGUACAGAAGAUGGGGGCAGCCUUCCCUAGGUUUAGAUGUUUAAAGUGAGAUCAUCUUCAAUUCAUGCAUUUGCAAAGCAUCUGCUGCUUCAGCAGCUGAGUAUUUAUCAGACGUAGCAAACCAGCCAGGCCUUCUGCGGGCUGCAGCAGCACUUGGUAUUUUCCUGCUUCCUACCCCGGCCCCAAGUUAGCACCCAGGGGAGCUUCCCCAGUCACCCCAACGUAGUUAUUAUACUGGCACGUACAGAGCACUCUCUUAGGUUCAGUGUGCUUAUAGGACAUCCUAAAACUAUUCUGCAUCCCUCAGAACAAGAGGAGAGCUGCAGGCUUGUUCAUAGAUGGGGAAACCAAGUCACAGAGCUAUUAAAGAGGGGGUGAUUACUUGAAAGAAAGAGAUUUAGAGCUGCUAUUAGAAGUCCGCUGCUUCCCACUUCUGCUCAUUCAUUCCUCCCCCCACCUGACUCAGCCUCAUCGUGCAUGAUAUACAGCAACCUUUGGGCAGAGCAGACCAGCCACUAGUGUUCAGCAUCAACUCCAGAAUAAUUUCUAAGAGGCAAUGGAAAAGGAGUGUAUUCCCAGUUCCAGGAAGGGAAGUUAGCAGUAACAAGACUAGUAAUGAAAUCACUUUCAUAGUUGCACAGAAUAUAACUGUCUGAGCUAGAAUUUCACUGGGAUUCCUGGGGCAGAAUUAGCAAAGUUCAUGGUCUGAUGCCAGUCCGACUGAUCAGGAAUUGAAAGGAAACUCAGAGACUGAUAUUUUGAGAGUGAGUUAAAAAAGAAAAAGAAAAAAAAAGCCUGGGAGAGUCUUACACGAAGCUAAGUAUUUUUAUGACAUUCUAGUGACUGCAUAUGCUGAUUUUGUGGCAAACUGUGUUUUCCAAGCAGAGGUAUGUUUGAGAUACAAACUCUGUGCCACAGCUCUAUUGCAUGAGAAUCCAAUGAAAAUAAAACCUAUGACCUGAACGCAA